GGGACGCUGCACAAAUGCCUGGUGAAGGCAGACAAUUUGGAGCUAAGCGAGCCAUGCCGAGAACUGACAGGGUUAACCCCCGAGAGCUUGGCCAAAGCGGAGCCUCUGGAUCGCGUUCUCCAACAGUUCAGCCAACUGGUUUCCAAUGAUCUGAAGGUUCUAGGAAGGAGCUCCUACACUUUCUGCACCGAUGGCCAACCCCUCAUUCGACAAGUUCUCCAUCCAGAAGCAUCCAAAAAGAAUCUUCUGCUGUCCGACUGCUUUUAUUCAUUUUACGAUCUACGGAAAGAAUUCCAUGACUGCUAUCCCAGCUCAGCCCCCGUGAAGGAUCAAACUAUACAAUCGAUGGCAGAAUAUAUUGGCUAUGGGAUAGAUGAAAGCGAGGAGGACUUCGGAGUAUGGCAAGUGAAAGCCAUGGUAGCCAUUGUUUUCAGCAUGCUUCCGGAUACAUGCAGUCACAGGUUUACCACUCCAGAAACAGUAAAAUACAAGUAUGAAACGGGGCCGUGUAGUAAAUCAGAAGUAGUGGACAAUGAAACGGUCAUACGUGCCCGAGGUCUCCCUUGGCAGUCUUCGGACCAAGACAUAGCUCGCUUUUUCAAAGGCCUUAAUAUUGCCAAAGGUGGUGUGGCCUUGUGUCUCAACGCUCAAGGAAGGCGAAAUGGAGAGGCGUUGGUGCGGUUUGCCAGCGCUGAACAGAGGGACUUGGCUCUGGAAAGACACAAGCAUCAUAUGGGAAGCCGAUACAUUGAGGUUUACAAAGCCACCGGAGAGGAAUUUCUGAAAAUUGCUGGUGGCACCUCCAAUGAAGUUGCCCAGUUCCUCUCCAAGGAGAACCAAGUCAUCAUCAGGAUGCGGGGUCUCCCUUUCACUGCAACGCCCGAGGAUGUGCUGGGCUUCUUGGGCCCCGAGUGUCCCGUCACCGGAGGCAAGGAGGGCCUCCUCUUCGUCAAGUAUCCAGAUGGCCGGCCAACUGGAGAUGCAUUUGUACUAUUUGCUUGUGAAGAUUAUGCACAGAACGCCCUUAAGAAACACAAGGAGAUCUUGGGCAAACGCUACAUCGAACUCUUCAGAAGCACAGCAGCUGAAGUCCAGCAGGUUCUCAACCGGUACAUGUCAGCCCCCCUGAUUGCUACUCUUCCUACCCCGAUCGUCCCUGUCAUCCCGCCUUCUUACACCAUUGCUGCUGGCAGUUUGCGAGACUGUGUCCGCCUCCGAGGCCUGCCUUACACAGCUGGGAUCGAUGACAUUCUGGAGUUCAUGGGUGAUGCAACUGGAGACAUCAAACCGCAUGGCGUUCACAUGGUCCUGAACCAGCAAGGCCGGCCCUCAGGGGAUGCCUUUAUCCAAAUGAAAUCUUCCGACCGAGCCUUCUUGGUGUCCCAGAAGUGUCACAAGAAAAUGAUGAAGGACCGUUACGUGGAAGUCUUCCAGUGUUCAGGAGAGGAGAUGAAUUUUGUUUUAAUGGGUGGCACUUUAAACCGUAGUGGAUUGUCUCCGCCCCCUUGUAAGUUACCAUGCCUUUCUCCGCCCACCUACGCUGCUUUCCAAACGGCAGCCACCGCAGUGAUCCCAGCAGAAGCUGCAAUAUACCCGUCACAAGCCCUCUUGCCUCCAACCAGGACUCAACAAGCUGCAGCCGCAGCCGCAGCGGCUGCAGCGGCUGUCACUCCAACAGUCACUUACUACCCGACUCAGGCAGCUCAACUUUACAUGAAUUACACCGCUUACUAUCCCAGCCCUCCGGUGUCUCCAACCACUGUUGGCUACAUCACAGCUCCACAAGCUGCCGUUGCGGCCGCUGCCUCGGCUUCCCACACUCCGAUGCUCCCUCAGGCAGGCGCUCUUGUCCGGAUGCAAGGAUUGCCCUACAACGCAGGAAUGAAGGAAAUCCUCAGCUUUUUCCAAGGGUAUCAGUAUGCUCCUGAUGACUACAAUGGCCUCAUUCAGCUCAACGACCAAGCAAGGGGCGUGUUACAAGCACCGAAAGACUGGGUUUGCUUGUAAGGGUUGGUAACCACCAGAGAAGCAUCCUAAAAAAUCUAGAACUCAACCCGUUUCCUGUUACCACUCUCUUUCCCGGUCUCCUAAAACAGCUCUGUAGGGAUCCAGUGUCCAGGAUCAUCAAGGCCACGUAAUCGGAAGCACAGUAGAUCUAAAGAGGGACAUAACAUUAUUCGGAGGGAAAAUGCAAGGCUUCCUGGCUCUCUCCAGGUUUCCGCAGGACGGCAGCUCCUGUUCCGCGGGACGCAGAGAUCUGCGGCAUGUCUCUUCCAAUGAUUUCCGUCACUACAUCAGAAAAGGAGAGAAGGAUCAGUAUGUUUUUAUGUCUUCCAUAAACAUUGGUUUCUGAAUCACCCAUAUUUAGACCCAUGCAAACUGGUUGUUGAGACAUCUACUGCAAUUCACUUUUCAUGUAUCUGUCCCUGAAGAUCAUCCAAAAGCUUAAACUGAUUCACCACGCAGCAUAUACAUUGAAUAAAUAAAUACAAUGCAGCAACUCAGGGAGUGACGGGAACAACUAGGUUAGUCUCUUAGUAUCUUUAUUCCUGGAGCGACAUCAGCUGCCAAUUGGUUUCAGGCUACAAUUUCAGGGGGCAAUUAUCACCUUUAAAACCCUGGGUGGCUCAGAACCUACUAAGCUUUAAAAUGCCAAUACUGAAAGAUCUGGCUGAAAGGUCUCCUCAUCCCUAAGAAAUUCCAUCAGGAGAGACUCCAUAACAUGGCCUUCUCCAUGCAUAUAAAUUACCGCACUGAGCUUCCACAGAAAAGUAAAAACUUCUGGAAGAGGCAUUUGGAAGGUGCUAAGGUUGGGAUCUGCCCCAGUUAAAAGGCACUUUUAUGACUUAAAGAGAUAACCUUUGAGUUAUAUCCAGUCACUUAAUAACAGUUCGAAGUUACACCGGAUCUUCAAAUCAAGAAGUAAGAGUCCAUGCAAAACAUUUCAGAAUCGGUUGUUGAGAAGAUGCUGCAAAACUGAACUGCUCACCAAACAACCAGAGUUAGGUAAAGUUUCCUCUUUCACUGUCAUUCUUUAAAAGCCAUUAUCCAAACCUAGUUAGGGAUACGAAAAAAACUCGUAAAAGAACUAAGUAUUGACUAAGAAGCAAGAAGCAUGGCUGUUUCAGGCUGGAGAAAUGUCAUAUGUAUGUUCAGCUCCGUAGUGGGUUUCAAAUCCCAUCGCUACCAGUUCGCUCAUGGGCACGUGUGUGCUCACGUGCGUGCGCAACGCUUCUGUGCACGCACAGAGACGUCCGGGGGGGGGGGGGUUGAUGGAGCCUCCCGCCACCACUAUCGAUUCACCUGAUCCGGGGCAAACCGAUAGCAACCCACCACUGGUUCAGCUCCCCUUCUCCCCUCCUUUUCACAAUACCGUCUAGGUGGCUGAAAACAAACAGUUUCCAUAAGCAUUUGAGGCAGCCAAAAGAGUUUUACAUUUAGUAGCUUUCUUUUUAAAAGCUUAUCACCACUGCUCAUUGUUUGCAACUUACAUAUGCAAUUGAGCAAUGGCUUGUCUCAAGAGGGGUCAGUUCUCUCUCCAGCUGCAACGCCCCUUAGCAGAGUGGAUCUGAUUUAAAUCAAGUCUAUUUAAAUCAUGAUUUAAAUCACUAGUAAAAAGGCUUGAUUGAAAUCAACUCAAUUUAAAUCAUAAUUUUUAAAGAGCAACUGUCAUCUCUGACCUGCUGUUGACUCACCGACAGUCCCAAUACUGCAGAAUCUACAGCCUCAUAUGCUACGUAACUAAGCGCCAUUUCAUGCUGAAUAAACUAAAUUAUGAAUGUAUCUUAAAUAGAAAAUGAUCUUUAGAUAGAUUUUUACUCCAAAAUCUAUUUUAUUAAAAUAAAUUUGACAAAAAUAAAAAAAAUCUGAUUUACAUAAAAAAAAUCAGAUUUACAUCAAAACAAAUCCUAUUUUUUUAUUUUUUUAAAAAGAAUCAUCGAUUUUUAUCCUUCCUGCCCCUUAGCCAUCAGAUGCAGACGACCAACAGUGAGGUAUCCUGGGAACAUCUCCCAAAAUAGAUGUGGACAACACUCUGAGCUGUAUGCAGCACAUAUGAUUACAUUCCCUACCCUGAACCCUGUUUUUGCCUCUGCUUAGCUGUCACUGAUCCCAAACACUUGGCAACACCUAGGAGAAAGCCUUUGUUCUUCGGAAGACUUCAAAACCACUGACAGCUUUGUGAUUUUAAAAGGGUCAAAUCUGUAUUUGCCAAGCUCAGGGUUUAGAAGAAGCUCUUUCUCAUCUUUUUGUUAUAUAUGGCCUUGCCUAAGUUUCCUGGACCACAAGCUAAUUUUCUUUUAGUCUAGUUCAGGGGUGGGCUUCAAAAAUUUUAGCAAAGGAGGUUUUCUGCUGGGUGGGGUGGGCAUGGCCUAAUCAGCCUCCUGCACCAUGACGGGAGGGGGGCGUUUUUGCCCUCCCCGGGCUCCGGAGGCUUUCCUUGGGGCUCUGGGAGGACAAAAAGCUGCCGAGGCCCUAUUAAGGCUUGAAAUGGGCCUGUUUCCAGCCUUCCUGAACUUCCAGUAGGCCCGUUUUUCACCCUCCCCAAGUCUCCGCACACGCCCUGAACUUACCUUCAUCUAAAACGGGCCGCGAAGGGACUCCUGGGAGGGGUGGGAGGGGCCAGCCAGGAGUGGGAUUUGGGGGUUCUCCGAACACCCCAGAAUCUUAGCUUGAAGUUCUCCCGAACCUCUGCAAACCCCCAGCAGCCCACCCGUGGUCUAGUUCCGCCAUUUCUUAAAUCUUCCUGAAAAUUAUAUUAAUCUUUCAGUCCAGAUGCGCAAAAGCACUGAAGCGGCAUGUAAGUCUAAGUGCUAGUGCAAGCAGUAUUCUCAAGUGGAACUCACUCAACAAAGGCUUGUCCGUACAGAAACCUAAACGCCCACACAAUGCAAAGAUAGGAAGAUGCAAAGUGGCGCAGGGUUAAAGCCUGAAAUUUCUUCCAUUCAAAAAAGUUUUUUGAGGGGAAAAAAAAAAACUUAACAUGCCCAAAGAGCCCAGAAACACAAAGAGCUAAUCUAUUCGGUGGGAUUCCUGAAUUCUACUUGUAGGCUAUGCUGCCUAGAAAUUUAUUCUAUUUCCACACACUUGAACACUCGAGGUGUUAAUGUGUUCUUGGCAGAGUUUGGUAUCAGUGAUGAGCUCUCAGGAGCUCUACCGUACAUAACGGAUCACGUGACAUAUUCUUUUGGGAUUAAGUGUCUUUGUUUAGGGUUUAUGACACGUUGUUAAUGUCUCCAUCCAAUACCAAUAUUAAUUUUUUCUCUCUCUUCACAACUCCUAUCCCUAUGGAGUUGCAGCCCAACUCUGCUGCUAAUCUGAAUUUGGAUCAAUGUUGUUAUAUUAUACAACAUGCUAUUUACUGCAAAAUAUUCAACCAGAUUGAUUUUAGGCAGGUUUUUUUUUUAAAACAAAACAAAACAAAACACCAACAAUGUCUUCAGUUGGUUUUAGUUUUCCCUUGCAAGAAGAAUUGGGGCGGGGAAACAAGUGCUAUAAAACUAACUGUGUGAAGUUUAAAGCCUUCACUGCAAACUCCAUGCCUUCUUAGUCAUGCAUCCACUUCGGGUCUUUAUAAAUUAUGUACAUUUUUAAAUCCCAAAGAGAAAUGGGGCAUAUAAAUAGUUCUUCCACUAGAAGUGAACCAGCUAUCUCGGGAAGCAUUUGAACUGUGACCUCUGCUGCUAAACUGGAGAGCUGUUUUUUGGGUUUUUUUUUAAAUGCUGGACUGUGUCUCACAAAUCCAGAAAAACAUGUUUGGCAAAACCCUGGUAAGUAUGACUUUACCCAGGAGAAAGACAAACCAAGAGCUAUUCCAGUUUGCUGCUCAGCUUCUUGUCCCCCAACCAAUUAGGAGAAAGGAAAAAGCAGGGCUGCGGUUUUGGAGUCUAGUAUCUUGCUAAUAAAUAUAGCAGGGAAACUUAAAUGGCACUGUAAAUAUAUAGUAACACCACAUGAAUAAGUACCGGGCAGAUACAGAGGCUUAUUUUGAGAAGAAAAUAUAAUCAGAUGGGUAUGGCUGAAGCUGAAAGAAGGAUCUCAGAACUGGAAUGUUUAUUUUGAAAAGAUCCAAUUUUCCCUUCAAUAAUAUCUUCUUUUCUGCUAAAUCAAACAGAAAAGAAAGGGAGUUUAUAUGAAAGUGCACACAUCUACCCAGAAAUCUGAUAAAAGAAAUCUAGGAAAGAUGGGAGGAAAACGCUAAAAAUGAUGAAAUUGUAAUCACGUACAAAUCAAAAAACACAGAUGGUCUUUUUUUUU